AUAGGUUGGGAGGAGCGGGAAGAACACGCGCCGCGAUUGGCGGGCGCCCCCGUGGCCGGGCGGUGUUGCUAAGCAGGGUAAAGAUGGCGGCUCUGGACAGGGUCAAGGUGCUGGUGCUGGGCGACUCCGGUGUCGGGAAAUCGUCGCUCGUCCAUCUCUUGUGCCACAACCAGGUGUUGGGAAAUCCGUCCUGGACAGUGGGCUGCUCCGUGGAUGUGCGAAUCCAUGACUACAGAGAAGGAACCCCAGAAGAGAAGACUUAUUACAUUGAGCUGUGGGAUGUUGGAGGUUCUGUGGGCAGUGCCACCAGUGUGAAGAGCACAAGAGCAGUGUUCUAUAAUUUGUUGAAUGGGAUAAUUUUAGUGCAUGACUUGACCAACAAGAAAUCAUCCCAGAAUUUGUAUCGCUGGUCUUUGGAAGCACUCAACAGGGAUGUUGCUCCAACAGGAGUUCUCGUGACAAAUGGUGACUAUGACCGUGAACAGUUUGGUGAUAACCAGAUCCCACUGCUGGUAAUAGGAACUAAACUGGAUCAGAUCCCAGAAACUAAGAGGAAUGAAGUUUUGACCAGAACAGCAUUCUUGGCUGAGGAUUUCAAUGCUGAAGAGAUAAAUUUGGACUGCACAAAUCCUCGUUACCUGGCUGCAGGUUCAUCCAAUGCUGUCAAACUAAGCAGGUUUUUUGAUAAGGUCAUAGAGAAGAGAUACUUCUUAAGAGAUGGCAAUCAGAUUCCUGGCUUCUCUGAAAGGAAGAGGUUUGGAGGAGGAACACUGAAGAGCCUUCAUUAUGACUGAGCAUGGAAAGUGGAAGAUGACUUCUCUGAGUUCCUAAUGACAAUUCCCAUUUUGACUGGAUGCUCAAAGACAGUAAUGCUUCUGUCAAGCAGAGUAAAAUUACAUUACAGCUGGCUAGCCUGCUGAAGCUUCUGUUGUUGGAAAAGACUUGGGAAAGGUUUUCCAGAAACCUAAUUGGGAACCUAGAGUUUUGCUUAGGAUUGCAGACUAUCUGGAUCUAUGGAAUAUCAGGGGAAAGUGUGCAAUAAGUUGAAUACUUCUCACUGCUGUGGGAAACUUCAUCAUACACAGCAUGUAUACGUGACAUCCGUGUCUCCAUUUGGAAAACUUAUGGACAGUCUUUGCAAUGAUUUGCAUUCAUUUUACCUCUAAAUGAAAGAUGACAUUGAGUGGGCUUCUCAUGUACAGUAAAGUGACCAAAACAAGUGAGCAAAACAGAACGAUGGGUAAGGAGUGGUCUGGAAAAUAAUGGAAUGCCUUCAUUAGAUGAAUGGAUUGUUCUUUCACCUAGAGCACGCUGUUCAUCCUUAUUCAAAAGGGAUAAAAACAAUAGGCAAGAUAUGAAAAAAAGAUUUGAAGCCUUAAAAAGAAAAUCAUUAAUAGAAAACAACUGGUGUUAGUUCUGCUGCUUAAAUUAAAAUUGUUUACUUUGGAGAGGGCAAAGUAAAUCAGGUUCUCCUGUUUAUCUUUUCAUAAUUGAUUGUGGUCUUGUUUUUUAUAUUAAAAAUUAAAAAGCAGUUAAUUGAAAA